AUGGUCGGGUGUGCGGAAAGCAUAGUGCGAAAGAUCAAAGAUAAAUUGGUGAAGAGGAAGAUGAAGCAUUCGUUUUCCACCUCGGAUAUACUUACGAAAAUUGAAAACCGGAGGCCCACGUUCGAAUCUCAAAUUUCCGCGCCUCCGCUCAACAAUACCUACGAGAAGUCCUUUAGAAAUCUCAGCGUUGUCAGCGAGAAGGAUGAGGAUAAUCUCAACAAUAAUCAUCACGAUAGAUGCGUUCAGGAAUCUUCGUUUUAUAACAGGAACUCAAUAUCGUGCGAUAACCUCACGUUACUAAACAGAGCGGAUAACAAGGAUAAAAGCAGAUCCGAACUAAACUUAGCGAAAUGCACAAAAAUCAGAGACUACUUCCAACGAAAUCGCGUCACGGAUGUGAAUAAACGACUGAAAUCGCAAAUAUGGAGUUCCGUUGUGACGAUAGUUCUUGUGGAGGGUAAAAAUUUAUUGGCUUGUGACCCGGAAACUGGAUCCUCUGAUCCUUACGCUAAAUUUAGAUUGGGCAAUGAAAAGUACAAGAGUCGCAUCGUCUGGAGAUCGUUGAAUCCGAAAUGGUUGGAGCAGUUCGAUUUGCAUCUGUACGAUGAUGGUGAUCAACAAUUGGAGAUCACCGUUUGGGACAAGGAUAGGUCCAGAGACGAUUUUAUUGGGAGGUGUGUAAUAGAUCUGUCCAGAUUGGAUCGUGAGACCACACAUAAUAUCUGGCACGAGUUGGAGGAUGGAGCUGGAACUCUGCAUUUACUGUUAACUAUAAGUGGGACGACUGCAUCGGAAACGAUAUCAGAUCUGUCAACACAUGAAGACACUCCGCGCGAGAAAGAAAACCUCCUUCAAAGAUACCAUUGGACCAAGACUUUCCACAAUUUGAAAGAUGUAGGUCAUCUCACAGUAAAGGUGUUUAGGGCACAGGGAUUGGCUGCAGCUGAUUUGGGUGGAAAAAGCGAUCCUUUUUGCGUACUUGAAUUGGGCAAUGCUCGACUUCAGACGCAAACCGAAUACAAGACGUUGUCGCCUUCUUGGCAAAAAAUAUUUACAUUUAACGUGAAGGAUAUCAAUAGUGUCUUGGAGAUAACAGUCUACGAUGAGGAUAGGGAUCACAAGGUGGAGUUUUUGGGGAAAAUUGCUGUUCCGCUGCUACGGAUAAGAAACGGGGAGAAGAGAUGGUACGCGCUGAAGGAUAAAAAAUUGCGUAGCAGGGCCAAAGGGAAUUCUCCUCAAAUCCUACUUGAAAUGAACGUCGCGUGGAAUCCCAUGAGAGCGUGCAUACGCACUCUAAAUCCAAGAGAAGAAAAGUACAUGCAAACCGAAGUUAAAUUCAAGAGGCAGGUUUUUGUCAAAAACGUGCUCCGUAUGAAAUCGAUCAUCAUGCAUUUCUACGAAUUCGGGAAACUACUUCAGAGUUGUUUUGAGUGGGAAUCCACGUUUCAAAGUUUUGUGGCGUUGCUGUUCUGGCUCGUGAUCUGCUACUAUUUCCAACCGUGGAUGUUGCCCGUCGUCGGACUCUUGAUGUUCUUCAAACAAUACAUAGUGAAGAAGGUGGCCGGACCACAAACAGUACCAUGGGACGAACUGGCAGAUUCAGACAUGGAGGACGACGAUGAUGAUGACAAGGAGAAGGUAGGAAACGAGGAAGAGAAGAAGAGCUUGAAGGAACGGCUUCAGGCGAUCCAAGAAGUCACGCAAGGAGUUCAGAAUGCCAUAGGCAAAUUGGCUACGUUCGGAGAGAGCGUUAAAAACACUUUCAAUUUCACCGUUCCCUAUCUGUCGUGGAUAGCUAUUACACUUUUAAUUCUUGCCUCGAUGGUUUUGUAUUUCAUUCCUAUAAGGUAUUUGCUGAUGCUAUGGGGCAUGAAUAAGUUCUUCAGAAGAAUCCUGAGGCCGCACGCUGUUCCGAACAACGAGCUAUUGGAUCUGAUUUCCAGGGUACCUGACGACGAAAUGCUUCUGGACUAUAGGGACUUGAAGAUCUUGAUAGGUCAGGAGACGGAGAGAAGGAGGGAGCCAAGGAAGAAGCAGAAAGCCUCCUAGUGGAGGUUGAGACUUUUGACCGGCGUGCGGACCAAGUUGAAAGUACGCUGGGAAAGAGAAGGCAUUUAAACAAUAAAUAAGUCUGAUUAAUUAUUAUAUAACUCUAGAGCGAUGGGUAUUAUUGGUGCAAUACUUUUGUAGGCGACUUCUAGUUUAAACCAAUUUACUGAACAAACAACCAUCUCUAUCUAUCUCCACCCAUUCAAUCAUCUAUCAAAACAAAAAAUCGAAUUCUCUUCUUCAUCUCUUCCAUCUAGUUGUAUAGACAAAAUUCGUACUUUAGUGUGAGAAAAUUCAUUGAAACGCCAAUAAUAGUGAGAUAAAAAAAAUAUACAUUACCCAAUUUAAUGAAAAAAGAAAUCCAAAUGUUUAUGCUCCAUGUGUGUCUAUUGUUAUAAGUAAUAAAACAACAAAUAUAUAAAUAAAGGAAUAAAUAAAUGGCGUUCGGGGUUAUAUAUAUAUAAUAACUUUGUUUCUCAUAUUUAGUAUAUUCUUUAGCACGUACAACUAUAAAUAAAAACAACAAAUCUCUCACGUUCGACACAUAACAAUUAUGACAAUUUCAUUGACAAUUCGUGCAAAGAAACAAGCAACCAUUGUGCAAUUUCCAUACACAAAAUAUUUUAUAUUUUUGUACCCAAGUUUACAUAUUAGUUAGAUUUUUAUAAACGUUAAAGAAAUGUAACAAAUCGAUGAAUUUAGUGUAUAUCUAAUGCCUCUCCUGAACAAAUCCACCAAACGACAUAUCGAUAUAAAAAUAUUAAAUAGAAAGAACAGUCCCAAAGAUGAUUUGUUUCGGAGACGCAGUUGCCACUAGACGACUUUUACUAAAUUUCCAGUUAGUUACUUUAUGAUUCAAUAGUUCGAAACGCAGGAUGAUCAAAAAAAUUGUAAAAAAAUAUUAUGUUAGUUGAUUUUCCACGAAACCUGUCCGAAAUUUAAUUAAGUGAUGUAAUUGUGAUUCCUAAUUUUAAUAAUUUAUGUGUGUAUGUAUUUUAGGUGUAUAAUUUCGUGUGACUAUCAUAAAAUAUUUCUAUUUUCCGAUAAGCGAAAAUAGAAUUUAGUUUUAUUUCUUGAUGCCAAAAAAAAGUUAAAUUAUUAACUAUGUAAGAGUAGGAAUAAUUUUGAAAGUUGAUCAUUCUGGAAGAAGGAAGCUAAUGUAGACUUACGAUCAGAUAAACGCACCUGAGUUGUUCUUCCAUUCGAUUUGGAAACGUUUAGAUUAGUUCAUUCAUUUACACGUUUUUUUAUAUAUAAAAAUAGUAGAUUUUGUAAAAAUUACGAAAACCCAUACGAAGCUCGGUACUAAUCAUGGCCUAACGCCCGUUAUGAUAAAUACUUAUGUAAAAGUAUGAGUUCCUUUAAGGGUUUUUAUCCAGUUAAGUUUGAUGAUCCAUCCAUCCAUUCCUCUUGUGUUUUGUGUAUGUGUUAUUAAAUGUAGAUUAGCUCGUGCCCUGGACAUAACACCAGAUAUGCCUCUUGUUACGUUUUGAUCUUGCCAUUACUUUUAUUGAGAUUUUAAAUGUGAAUGAUAUAAAUAUAUAAAUGAAUAAAUAAAUAAAUAUACUAAAUAUUUUGCGCACUAUUUCCAUGUGCUUACUGUGUUACUUAAAAUUGAGAAUUUAAAAUAUUCCAACGUGUUAUUUGCCACUUUUAACUAUAAGAAUUGCACAAUGCCUGUUACAUAUUAUUGAUAUAUAAAAUAUAUAUAUAUUUUUGUUCUAUCUUCGCAAUUG